CCUGCCGGGAGAAACACAACGCCAUUUUCACCUCGCACAGCUUCAGUCAGAUGCGCCUGUGCAUUCAACUGUUAUUGCAUACACAACCGUGCCACAUUAUGACGACGUGAAUAUUAACGUAAUGUUUCUGCGCCACUGAUUUGAGCUCGUGCUGGUGGAAUCAGACUGUGAAUCAGCGGCAGGAACUUUCCCCGUCGAUCUCCGGAAGACUGGAGAGAGACGUAACCUGCCCGGCUGCCUGAUUUUAGCCCUAAACCAUACAAGUCAGCCUGCUGAGCUUCAUAUCGACUUGAGUUUCGUGGUGGGACACGGAAGAGCAAUCCCUGUUACGGUUGUGGGGGAUCUGGAUGUUCCGCUGAACGGAUGCGUGAGGAUAUGUCGAGCGUGCUGUGUGUGAAGGAGACGGAGGGCCAGGGGGACCUCGGUGAGAAGCUAUCCCAGGAUGAGCUGCUAUGUCGGACGCGUGAGGUCAUGCAGGGGCUGGAGGCGCUCCGUGCAGAACAUCAGGCCAUUCUGGAGGGGCUAAUGGGCACCUUGCGCUGCCUCAAACAGAGCCAGGAGGGGCGUGCUGUUGAGGAGAAGACUGCAAUGAUCCAACGCUCAAUGGAGAUGCUGGAGCUGGGCCUCAGUGAAGCACAGGUGAUGAUGGCUCUGUCAGGCCAUUUGAGUGCAGUGGAGGCAGAGAAACAGAAGCUUCGAGCACAGGUGCGGAGACUGUGUCAGGAGAACCAGUGGCUGCGUGACGAGCUGGCAGGAACCCAGCAGCGGCUGCAGAAGAGCGAGCAGAGCGUGGCCCAGUUGGAGGAGGAGAAGAAACACCUGGAGUUCAUGAACCAGCUCAAGAAAUAUGAUCAAGACCUUAGCCCAUCAGAUGAUAAGGACUCUGAUUCCAGCAGGGAGACACUGGAUGAUCUUUUCCCAGAUGAGCAGGAUGAGCCUGGACCUGGCAUCCAGCCUCCUCACAGCAGUGCAGUGGCAGCAGCGCAGCAGGGUGGUUAUGAGAUCCCAGCUCGUCUUAGAACCCUUCACAACCUGGUGAUCCAGUAUGCCUCACAGGGCAGGUAUGAGGUGGCCGUUCCUCUCUGCAAGCAGGCUCUGGAAGAUCUGGAGAAAACAUCUGGACACGAUCAUCCCGAUGUAGCCACCAUGCUUAACAUUCUCGCUCUCGUCUACAGGGACCAGAAUAAAUACAAAGAGGCAGCAAACCUUCUUAAUGAUGCACUGGCAAUCAGAGAGAAGACUUUGGGCAAAGACCACCCUGCGAUGGAGAUUAAUCUCCGGCAUGUUCAGCCCCAAGAUCCUUAA